ACGAGGGAAACUGCGCAUGCGUCAUUGUCAGCUUUUCUCGCUAGCGGCGCUUGUCUGCUCACAACAGCACGUUUGAGAAGUAAAAUAUUUGACAUAUUGUUAUAAUUUCCCAACGUUUCUGAACAUUAUACGAGGGUCGUCGACGUCGUUCAAAGAAUAUGCCGAAAAACAAAGGUAAAGGAGGAAAGAAUCGGCGACGUGGUAAGAAUGAGAAUGAAUCUGAGAAAAGAGAACUGGUGUUUAAAGAGGAUGGGCAAGAGUAUGCGCAGGUCAUCAAGAUGCUGGGAAACGGGAGGUUGGAGGCCAUGUGUUUUGAUGGAGUCAAGCGGCUUUGUCACAUUCGAGGAAAGCUCCGGAAAAAGGUGUGGAUUAACACGUCAGACAUUAUACUCAUUGGAUUGAGGGACUACCAGGAUAACAAAGCAGAUGUUAUUUUGAAGUAUAAUGCUGAUGAGGCUCGGAGUCUGAAAGCGUAUGGAGAGCUUCCAGAACACGCCAAAAUCAACGAGACUGAUACCUUCGGGCCUGGUGAUGACGACGAGAUUCAGUUCGAUGAUAUUGGUGAUGACGAUGAGGACAUUGACGAUAUCUAAGAGGAAGACGCUGGGAAGUGAAUGUGUUCUCGUCCUGAAGCGACAGUAUCCUCACACACCCCCCUUAAGUCGCCCCUCCAUUAUUAUGUACACGGAGGCUCAAGUUUUAGGUUUCUCUGACUAAACACAUGACUGCAUUGUCACCUUCAAUCCAUUUUGUUAUCUUUUAAUGUAUUUAUAUUGAUUUCACAUCAAGUGGAAUUUAGUUACAGUACAGAAUCUAUGGAUUCGCAAUAAAAAGAUAACCAAUUUUAUGUUUGGUCUUGCAGUCUGUAUACUAAUAGACAUGUUCAAAAGCUCUGUAAAGGUGAGUGAAACUCUUAUGGUAAAAGCUGAUACCUCUAGAACGCCUCUUGUCUUUUUGAAUGUUUUUGAAGUAUCUUUAUGAUUUACUGGUCAUGCAUUGGAUGAUGCAUUUAUUCAGAUUAGCUCUGUUUUAAUUCAUCCUCAUUUUCUUUGUGUUCUUGUCUACUUCACAUGAUAAUAAUUGAUACUCAUUUUACAGGGCUGCUAAAUUGAUCAAAGUGACUAAUAUUGAAGCUCUAUGUAUUACUUCACAGUUGUUACUCAGAGUUGCAACAUAAUAGCUUGAUACUAAACUACAGUAAAUAUCAGCAACAAAAAUAUUUGUAAGAUGAAAAUGGAAUUUUUUUUUACUUUCUAAAAUGAUAGCUCACAAAGCAAAUAACCAGAAUAAGGAAGUAUUUUUGUACGCAAA